AUGACAACUGUCACGCGCCACUUUGGCGCAAAUGCGCCACACCUGGCAACCCUGCCGGAUGUAUUCUCAACUGAUCAUCCGGGACCCGGCCGGGCGUUCACCCGUCCGACAGGUGGCGGGGCAUUGUGUCAAAUAGGCGGGAACACACGGUCCGGGCGAACCGGCGAACACGUGCAGCGUCACAGAAUAAACGAUCUCAUCGAGAUCGUUUAUUCUGUGGCAGCGUGCAGUCAGUUUAUGACCGUCGCGUGUGCGCAUCUCAAAUUAGUGGUUUGGUGCUUGGUUGUGAUAUUCUCAUAUAUUGGAGAGUUGAUAAUGACGACGGAUAUAGACGUGGAUAAACUUAUAUCGCUAGUGCAAGAAAGACCCCAACUUUGGGACAGAACGUUGGAAGAAUAUAAAGACAGAAAUAAGACAAGGCAAAAUUGGAUUGUUGUCUGCUCUACAUUACAUCCUGAUUAUGACGAGCUCAGUGAUAUUGAAAAGAAACACUAUUGUCAAUUGAUUCUGAAACGAUGGAACAAUAUCCGGGACCAGUGGAUGAAAUGGAAGAAAAAAGAAAAAGACUCAAAGAAGUCUGGGGUUGGAGCCUCAAAAUUAAGAAAAUAUAUUUACCAUGAAGCAUUGCAAUUCCUAGAAAAGGUAAGAGUGCAUGCCGAAACUACGUCAAAUAUCCAAGGGGAAGGUCAACAAGACGACACUGUUGAUGAAUCUGGGGUCGACUCUCAAAACACUCAACAAACUACAAUUACUGUAUCUAAUACAGUCAACAAACCUUCUAAUGUUGUUCCAAAAAAGAAGAAGAAAAUGGACGAUUUCGAGUUAAGGAUGCUGAAGGUGGUGGAAACUUCGCAGCAAGAUGGAGAUCGACAUCUUUCCUUUUUUAAAGGAAUAAUUCCUUCCAUUUCCAAAUUUAGCGAGCCACAGAUUGUAGAGUUUCAGUUGGGAGUACUGCAAUUGGUUUAAACACAGGUACCACAUAAUAUUGUCCAUUAUCAACAGCCACUUUCGAUUCAAGUAGAACAACAACAACAACUAUUCGAUCAACAACAACAAUACAUGCCGAUGCAUCAGCCCAACACAGGUUAUAAUACUACUAGGUAUGCUGCACCUGCACAACAACCAUGUAGUUCCACCAUGGUCCCACAGUACCAUCAGCUAACUUCAAGAGUAAGCGAAACUCGUCCCACCUAUCUACAACAAGCUGUACAAGAAGCUAGGCCUAGUCCGGCCGAAUCAGAUGUAACACAGAUGGACAAUAUAUCACCUGACGACAGUAACGUCGUAUACUCUCCCAGUUCCGAUUUGUUUGAAUGAAAAACGUUAUUGCAUAUGUACAGCAACUUAAAGUUAGGUGGAGGGUACUCUUACUGUAAAAUGUUCUUAAAUUAAAGACAAAUGUUCAUUAAACAUAGUUUUAACUUGUA